CUGCGAGAGUUGCAGCGUGCGCGUGGUGAAGUUGAACCCGCCUUUGAUCAGGGAACGGGGAAUAUGACGGCCGAUCGGUCUUCCUGCUUUCGUAAAGAGCACCAUCCUCGGUAUCGUGCUUCCCGAGUGAUGACUUAUCGCAUUUGAUGACAGCGCGACGGUGGUCCAAUACAUUGUGUCCGCGCGAUCAUGUGUGCCUGCGGUGAUACGGUGAUGUGCAGGGAGGCUUCUCCCCUGAUGUCAGCCGAGCAUCUACGGCAUGCUGCCCCCCUGGUGGGCCGCAUGCCCGUGGUGGUGUGCCCGUCCCAGCUUGACUUCUACCUGGACCAACAGGAGAGCCACAAGCAGGUGCUCACCCUGUACAACAUCAAUGACUUCUCGGUCCGCUUCCAAUUGCUGUCGAAUGCGCCAAGAUGCUACGCGGUUGCAGAACCUGAGGGAGUGCUCAAGCCCCACUCCUUUACUGACAUAGUGGUGCGCCACCGGGAGGCAUUGGAGGCAAAUGUAGGCCGCCGCGACCACCUGCGCAUCAUUAUGCGGGAAGAAGGGGGUCGUCUGCACGGACACAGGGACGUCCCGGCCACCUUGCGGCCAGCACGCAGCCGGGGGGACAAGCCUCUCUCAGCAGCCACUGGUUCUGUGCCCCUGGAGCCAUCACUUGGAGCUGAACGUCGGCUGAGCCAAAGAGCCACAAACGGCCCAAGCCCUGCAGUUUUUGUGGUGGCUGUGGCCUGCCUAGUGGCUCUGGUGCUGCCACUAGAGGGAGCAAGUGGUAGCAGCAGCAGCAGCAGCAGUAGCCAUCCGUUUCUGCAGCUCACCCACCAGCAGAAACUGAUUGCCGCCUACAUCCUUGGGCUUGUGACAAUGCUCGUCGUCCGCCAGUGAAGGAUGCCUCCAUUCUUUUGGUGCCAGGGGAACGCUGGACGUCCUCCGCAGCAGCUUUGUGAAUUGCUGUCUCGACGAAAGCGCUUACUGGUGCCUGUUUUUAACAAUAAAGUGUGCAAGGACUGUUUUGCAAUGAUGCCUGCUCACAGACUUGCCCUCUCGACGAAAAGCCUCGUCGUGCACGACCACGUUACUCCUUGACAAAGAAGCUGCCUGCCGGUAAUUCUGCCAUGUGUGUACGUUUGCAGGCUUCAAGCGAGUGUGAGCAGCAGCCUAGUGCGUUCAAUAAACGCUUUGGUACACCA